ACCAUACCAGGGAACCUUGUCCUGUAAGUACCAGUAGUGCUAACCAGUUCUUUGAUGACGUCCAUGACUACGCUAUUUUUCUUGAGUUCGUUCAGUGGCUUUUAGUUAAGAGUGAAAUACAGCCGCGUUCACUUUGUCGCGGGUUUUGAUUAUACGUGGCUGUUGAUAUUUUCAUCGGUGGUUUAAGUGACUGUUUUGGAGUAUUUUUUCGAAGUAAACAAAAAUAUAAACAUGACCGAAACUAACCUAGAAGAGUUCCCCGAUCGCGUGGCAGAAUGGUACAAAGACAAAACGAUUUUAAUCACAGGCGGUACCGGCUUUAUGGGAAAAGUUUUAAUCGAAAAACUGUUAAGAUCAUGCGGAGAUGUGAAAAAAAUUAUUUUGUUGGUCAGAUCUAAAAAGGCCAAACAUCCCAAGGAUCGAAUCAAGGAUAUAUUCGCUAAUCCUCUUUUUGAUCAAGUAAAAGAGAUGAAAGGAGAAGAAAUUAUCAAAAAAGUCGUUCCGGUAGUGGGGGAUGUGAUGCUUCCCAAUUUGGGAAUCCAGAAGGAAGACCGGGAAAUGUUGGCCAAUGAAGUGGAUUUGAUAUUUCACUGUGCGGCCACUAUCAGGUUUGACGAAUGUUUGAAGACCGCUGUUUUGUUGAACGCUAGGGGGACAAAGUUCAUGUUGGAGUUGGCGAAGGAGUGUAAACACUUAAAGUGUUUUAUUCAUGUAUCAACUGCAUACUGUCACCUCAACGAAAGAAUCCUCUACGAAAAACCAUACCCACCUCCAGCAGACCCACACAAAGUAAUAAAGACCAUUGAAUGGCUGCAAGAUGACGUCUUGGAGAGCAUUACACCCAAAAUUUUGGGUGAUAUACCAAACACCUACGCCUUCACAAAAGCUUUGGGAGAAGCCUUAGUAGUAGAACAAAAAGAGCACCUACCAGUCCUGAUUUUAAGACCUUCGGUUGUUAUCCCAAUUUGGAAAGAACCUAUUCCUGGAUGGACCGACAACAUAAACGGACCUACCGGGCUCCUAAUAGGGGCCGGCAAAGGAGUUAUACGGACCAUGUAUUGUCAGCAAGACAGUUAUGCGGACUAUUUGCCUGUUGAUAUUGCUGUCAAUGCCACGCUUAUAUCUACGUGGUAUUCUAAUACUUUAAACAAGGAUAAAUGGAUUUAUAACUUAACCAGCUCAGCGGAAUAUAAAGUAACUAUGGAAGAAAUCAUUACAAUAGGAAGAAAUAUUAUCGAAACUAGGAUUCCACUAAAUGGGGUAGCAUGGUAUCCAGGAGGAUCCAUGAAACGUUCUAAGAUAGUACAUUUGAUUUGUUUCUUUUUCUUCCACUUAGUUCCUGCUGUUUUAGUUGACAUUCUUUUAACAAUCCUUGGCUAUAAACCAGUCUUAUGCAGGGUCCAAAAACGUAUCUGGAAAGGGUUCGAGGUGUUUGAAUAUUACGCUAAUAACCAAUGGGACUUUGACAAUGUAGAAUCCCUUAAAGCCAGAGACCAACUAAAUCCAAGAGAGAGGGAGAUUUACAAGUGCGACGGAGAUGGUAUUAAUUAUCAUGACUACUUUACAGACUGUGUUCACGCUGCAAGAUUGUACAUUCUUAAAGAGACUGAUGACACUUUACCUGCUGCAAGGAGACAUAUGAAAGUGAUGUGGGUUUUGGACAAGUUCUGCAAAGGACUAUUCAUAGCAGCAGUGCUUUAUUACUUAUACCAAAGGGUGUUUAGUCCCAUAUUGAAGUCGUUGUAUUAAAUUUUAUAUAUAUUUUUAUGUUUUGAUAAUUAGUUAGUUAUAAUGUUAUAUUUUUAUGUUACCAAUAAAAAAAAUAAAUUAGUUUUAGAAUAAA